GGGAACCCAUUUUAUAGUAGCUUACUUUCCUUUUCUGUGUUGGGGAAAAAUGGUUUCAUCGUCUUUCUCUUCUUCUAAGAUGGCUACCAUGGUGGCUCUGUUAUUGUUUGUGUCUUUUGCUUUUAGUUCAGCUUUGGAUAUGUCGAUCAUCAGCUACGAUGAGAAGCACGGGUCAAACUCGAGGAGUCACGAUGAGGUGAUGGCUCUGUACGAAUCGUGGUUGGUGAAACACGGCAAGAAUUACAACGCUCUGGGAGAGAAGGAGAAGAAGUUCGAGAUCUUCAAGGAUAACCUCAUGUUCAUCGACGAGCACAACGCCGAGAACCAUACCUACAAGUUAGGUCUAAACAGGUUCGCUGAUCUCACCAACGAGGAGUACCGUGCCAUGUAUUUGGGCACAAAGAUCGAUCCCAAGCGUCGGUUAUCAAGGACUAAGAGCGACCGCUACGCUUUCCGCGUCGGCGAUAGCUUGCCGGAUUCCGUCGAUUGGAGGACUAAGGGUGCCGUCGUUUCCGUCAAAGAUCAAGGCCAAUGCGGGAGUUGCUGGGCGUUUUCUACGAUUGCUGCUGUGGAAGGGAUAAACCAGCUCGUAACCGGCGAUCUGAUAUCGUUGUCGGAGCAGGAGCUGGUGGACUGUGACACCUCAUACAACCAGGGAUGCAAUGGAGGUUUAAUGGAUUACGCCUUCCAGUUCAUCAUCAACAACGGGGGCAUCGACACUGAAGAAGAUUACCCAUACAAAGCUUCCAAUGGCCAAUGCGACCAGUAUCGGAAAAAUGCCAAGGUUGUUACCAUUGACAGCUUCGAAGAUGUUCCUACGAACGACGAGAAGUCAUUGCAGAAGGCGGUGGCCAAUCAACCCAUUAGCGUUGCCAUUGAAGCUGGUGGCCGGGCUUUCCAACUCUACCAAUCCGGUGUAUUCUCAGGAAUGUGCGGGACAGAGCUGGAUCAUGGUGUGACUGCUGUUGGCUAUGGCUCAGACAAUGGUGUUGACUACUGGAUUGUGAGGAACUCAUGGGGUUCCAGUUGGGGUGAGAGUGGAUACAUCAGGAUGGAGCGUAAUUUGAAUUCUGCCCUUACCGGCAAGUGUGGAAUUAGUAUUGAACCCUCUUACCCCAUCAAGAAGGGCCAGAACCCCCCCAACCCUGGCCCAUCUCCUCCCUCUCCAGUGACGCCGCCUACCGUUUGUGAUAAUUACUACUCCUGUCCCCAGAGUAACACCUGCUGCUGUAUGUACCAGUAUGGUAGCUAUUGCUUUGCAUGGGGAUGCUGCCCUCUUGAGUCUGCCACCUGCUGUGACGACAAUUACAGCUGCUGCCCACACGAUUACCCCGUCUGCAAUGUUGAAGAAGGGACUUGCCAACAGAGCAAGAACAACCCACUUGGAGUCAAGGCAUUGAAGCGUACCCCUGCUAAGCCUUUUUGGAAUUAUGGAGCCGCUGGCCGGAGGAAGAGCAGCAGUGCUUGAGAGUUAGUAUGCCGAUGGACUGUUAUGGGCUAGAAAGGUUUAAUGGUGAGAGGAGAUGCACAGUGAAGGAUUACUGUGCUUGGUGACCCCGGAGGGGUGGGAUGUUCGCCCGUAUGCAUGCCAUUAUACCAACAUCUUAGUCUAAGAUUGCAGAUGGAUGUUAAAAGUCUUUAGAUUUCCUCAUAUGAUUAUUGUACAUAACUUAUUUUUCAGAACAAACUAUUGUUCCCUCGCUCUACAUUCUCUGUAAAUCGAAACCUUCAUUUCCCAUUGAUAAAUCAGUUAUAUUCUGCUAUA